AAUCAUGUUCAAUUUAUUUUUUCACGUCAAAAAUGAAUUUCAAUUUGACUCCAGUAGUAGCACGUCUCAAAACAUGUGCCACUGAGUGCCAGGUUAACUUCAAAAGUGCCGAACGUGUUGAGGACGCAGAACCAUAAUUAACGAUGGCUAAUCAAGGAUACCAAGUCCAGAAAAUUAACGAGGAAAAGGGUAAGGGUCUCGUAGCACUUCGACACUUCAAAGAAGGCGAAAUAAUCCUCGAGGAGAAACCAGUGGUCUGUUGUCAAUUCUCCUGGAACCAGGAUUAUCGAUACCUGGCCUGCGACAACUGCCUGACGCCUCUGGAGGAUGCUGAGGAGAAUGCCAGAAGACUUUCUGGAAAGAACGACCUGGUUCUCGUCUGUUCCGAUUGCUGUGAGACUCAGAAAGAUUUAAUAACUGAAUGCCCAGCCUGUGGAGUAAAAUACUGCAGUAAUGAGUGUCUCACUGAGGCCUCCCAGAAAUACCACAAGACCCUCUGUCUCCAGUCCAGGGAGAAAAACGAGAAUCAUCCACUGGUGCAAUUGAAGGAGACUUGGAAGCAGAUGCAUUAUCCCCCUGAGACAGCCACGAUAAUGCUUCUUGCUAGAAUGGUUGCUUUUGUCAAUCAGGCUGAGGACAAAGCUUCUGCUCUUUCAAUUUUCAAUCAAUUCUGUCACAGGACUGUUAACGAGGAUCAGGAGAUUGCGCACAAUCUCCUGGGGGAGAAGUUCGUCGGGCAGAUCGAUGUUCUCAGGCAGAUGAUGGAGAGUGCUUUGGAUAAAGAAAAUGCUCCUUAUUGGUUCACACCUGAUGGUUUCAGAAGUCUGUUAGCCCUAGUGGGAACAAAUGGACAGGGAAUAGGAACAAGUGCAUUCAGUCGAUGGGUGAAGAACGUUUCAGCUCUGGAGAUGCCUCAGGACAUGAGAAUGCGGAUCGACAAAUUGAUCGACAGGGUUUACGAUGACAUGGACGAGGUCGUUGGGACAUUCUUGAAUAACGAAGGCUCAGGACUCUACACCCUCCAAUCUUCGAUAAACCACAGCUGUUCCCCAAAUGCAAUUGUCGAAUUUCCCUACUCCAACAGCACUCUAGUCGUAAAAAGCCUUCGGGACAUUCAACCGGGCGAGGAAAUUUGCAUUGGAUAUCUCGACGAAUGUGAACUAGAACGCAGUAGAGUGUCAAGACAAAAAAUGCUCAGUUCCCUAUACUUAUUUGUGUGUCGUUGUGACAAGUGUCUGCAGCAGGCUGAUGACAAUGAUGUCACGUCUGAGGAAGAUGUUUGCGAUGGCAUGUCAGAUAGUGAGUAAAACAGUAAGAGUCACUGACUGCAACAUUAUGUGGAAUAUUUUGUACUCUCAAAACGUUGAUUUCUCAUUUUUACUAAUGUCAUUUAUUUCCUAAAAAGUACCUCAAUAAACAUUCAACAUAUCUCGAAAUACA